GGGGCGUGCCCGAUCGCUCAGGGGGCCAGCCGGUUGGCUGGAAGGCGGCGGCGCCGGGCGGCCCGGGCCGCCGGAGGAGGGCGGUGCCGGGGGCCUGGUCCCGGCCUACUACAGACCGGCUUCAGUGAGAAGAUCAUGGCAGCUCGGACCGGUCAGAGGGCCCUGAAAAAGGUGGUCUCAGGAUGCCGUCCGAAGCCGGCGGCAGCGGCCGGAGCCCCGGUUCCAGCGCAGGGUCCUGUGCGGAGCGUCAGAUAUUUAGCUUCCUGUGGUAUACUGAUGAGCAGAACUCUUCCACUACAUACCUCAAUUUUGCCAAAGGAGAUAUAUGCAAGAACUUUCUUCAGAAUUGCUGCACCGUUAAUAAACAAAAGAAAAGAAUAUUCAGAGAGGAGAAUUAUAGGAUAUUCUAUGCAGGAAAUGUAUGAUGUAGUAUCAGGAAUGGAAGAUUACAAGCAUUUUGUUCCUUGGUGCAAAAAAUCAGAUGUAAUAUCAAGGAGAUCCGGAUACUGCAAAACACGAUUAGAAAUUGGGUUUCCACCUGUAUUGGAGCGCUAUACAUCAGUAGUAACCUUGGUGAAACCACAUUUGGUAAAGGCAUCCUGUACAGAUGGGAAGCUCUUCAAUCAUUUGGAGACUGUUUGGCGUUUUAGCCCAGGUCUUCCUGGCUACCCAAGGACUUGUACUUUGGAUUUUUCAAUUUCUUUUGAAUUUCGCUCACUUCUACACUCUCAGCUUGCCACAUUGUUCUUUGAUGAAGUUGUAAAGCAGAUGGUAGCUGCCUUUGAAAGAAGAGCAUGUAAGCUAUAUGGUCCAGAAACAAAUAUACCUCGGGAAUUAAUGCUUCAUGAAGUUCAUCACACAUAAAGAGAAAAAGGAAGUGGUCACCUACUUGUUAACUAGUUUUAUUCACUUUUAGGAAGUGCUUUCAUCAUUUGCUUUCAGAAGUCAGGAAGCAUUUGUCAAACCCAGCUUUGAUUAUAAACCUGUACCAUUGAAAAUUUGCACUUGGAGUGUGGAACCACAUGUACAUAGAAUUCAAUCAAGUAUAAUUCAGAGUAAUAUGUAUAUUAGCAUAUUUACAAUAAUGGGAUGUCAUCACUAUUGCUGGAAUACUGACAUCACUCUUCUGAACAGAAAUUGAAACUGUAAAUUUAAACCUUUUAAUUAUCACCUCAUCUGAAAGAGAUUGGUUGAGUUACUUACACAGUAUGUAUUAUAUUAACCAUAUCACGUUUAAGUUAUUAAAUUCAGACUAUUUAUAACUUAUUGUCUUAGGGCCUGCCUCAUGGCUUAGGGUAUUUGAGUAAUCAUCAGAUAUUUAAAGUAAAAACUUCGAGUUAAAAAUACUGUUAAUGAAGGUUCCCUGGCACUUUUCUUAUUUUUAAAAUUGUUCGUAUGGGUAGUAGUAGAUAAUUCAGUGUUAUACUGAGGUUAGCUUCCAGAUAGACAGCGAUUUUUUUUUUUCUUUUUUUCUUUUUUUUUUGGUGAGUGGUCCAGAGUUUUAAGUUACUUUUCUCACAGGUUGCAACCCUCUUCCCGGUACUUUGCUGUUUCAGUAGUGCUGAUUGCGUGUGAAAUUUUGUCUACAGCAGUGGGCAGUAGAUGAAGAUAAGUUGGUUGUUGUGUCUCCAGCACCAUGCAUCCUCAUUUUCUAUUUAUUGUGUGUACUCACUUUCAGUAAUGUAUUUCAAACUGAUAUUUUUGUAAACAAAUCAAUGUAAGGACUGAAGUGGUAACUUAAUAAAGUUAAUUUGUUUAUUUUUUG